AUGGACUCAACAUACACAGUCGCACCUACUCCGGUGCAUGGUCAGCCCUCAUUCGCAUACUACCCUGAGUCUACACAACAGCAAGGUCACUACACCAGCCAGCCAUCAGACGUUUGGUAUGGACCGUCACAUUAUCAGAGCAGGGGAGCAGAGCAACCAAUCUAUCAAACUCAGCCCAUGAUGAACAUGCACCAGAUGGCCACCACCAAUGCCUUCCGCGGUGCCACCAUGAACAUGACUCCAAUUGCUUCGCCCCAGCCCUCACAGAUGAAGCCGGCUAUCAUGGUGCAGCAAGGUUCACCAGCCUUGAUGCCCUUAGAUACCCGCUUCGUGAGCCACGAUAUGUACGGCUUCCCAUCUACGCCGCCUCUAUCUUCUUCCGGAAGCACCAUUAGCAGCCCACCUUCUGCCAAUGGCACUCUGCACACCCCGAUCAAUGACAGCUUCUUUGCCUUCGAGAAGGUCGAGGGCGUCAAGGAAGGCUGUGAGACCGAUGUUCACACUGAGCUUCUAUCGCAUCAGGAUUGGUCCCGCACCGAUUCGCCUCCAAUGACACCUGUGUUCAUCCACCCUCCGUCACUUAUUGCCAACCAUACAUCGGACUUGCUCUCCGCCCACUCUUGCCCCUCGCUUUCCCCCUCUCCCUCUCCAGUCCCCACCGAUAUCCUCUCCCAAUCCCAGACCUUGACUGCUGAGCACCCUGGCGCGUCCUUCUGCGACCCACGUCAGCUCACGGUCGAGCCUUCAGUGAAUGUGCACACCCCCCAGGACCUUCCUCCUCUGCCAACUCUCUCCUGUGAAGAGGAGGAGCCGCGCGCUGUUGUGGGAAGUGCGUCUGUGACGCUUCCCGUCAAUGAGAACCCAUCUCCUUCCUUCACCGCCUCGACCGUUGACCCUCUGAGCUCCCUGCCUACUUUCGACAGCUUCUCAGACCUCGACUCGGACGAUGAGAUUAACCGCUUGGUGGAGUUCCACCCCGCUACCAAUGCCCACGCCCUCUACCUGGGUGACAAGCGCCAGCGGGUGAACCAAUACAUUGCUGAGGAUGAUGGCUUCCUUAGUGAGCACAGCAUUGAGGAUUCUGAUGACUGCGAGACUUUCAGCAUUCCCACCGGUCUUCCAUCUUUCGAUUGGAAUGAGUCUACUGAGUCCGUUGAGGUUCAGCGUGAGACUGACGAGGCUGUCGAGGAGGAGCCCAAGACCAAGAAACGUAGCAACCGCAAAUCUGUUCGCAAGAGUGUCACACUUGAGGAGGAGCCUCGCCGAUCCGUAUCCGCUCGUUCCGAAUCUCCAGGUGAUAUGUCUGGUACUGAUUCCGACCGCGCCCCUGUCUCCAUCAACCGCCGGGGCCGCAAGCAGUCAUUGACUGAAGAUCCCUCCAAGACCUUUGUUUGCACUCUCUGCUCUCGUCGGUUCCGUCGCCAGGAGCACCUCAAGCGUCACUACCGCUCACUGCACACCCAGGAUAAGCCCUUUGAGUGCAACGAGUGCGGCAAGAAAUUCUCCCGCAGUGACAACCUUGCCCAGCACGCCCGUACUCACGGCGCUGGCUCAGUGGUCAUGGGUGUCUUGGACGGAAGCGAGUCCUCGAUAUCCUUUGAGGAGCAACAAGACGCCGGCGCUCUUGGGGCCGUCAUGUACGAGUCCCCACCCAGCGCCGACGCCAGCCCUGACCGUCGACCGGCCAAGAAGCGCAAGCGCGACUCGGCUUAA